AUGAUGCGGGAGUCCGGGCUGGUGGACCGCUACCUGCAGGAGGCCACGACCAACCUGACGGCCUGCAUGGUUCCCCCGGGCGAGGAGGCGGGCAGGAGCAGCUCCCUUGUCCUCUCUUUCCUGGAUUUGGGCGGGGUCUUUCUCUUCAUGUUUGGAGGUGCAGCUUUGGGGAUCGUCUUAUUCGCCGGCGAGAAGGUUAAAGAAAAGUUCCACGAUGGUCCCAAAGCUCAAGAGGUUUUCUCAGCUCUGGAUUUCGUACAGUCACAAUGUUAUAAUGUAGUAAAACAAGCUGUUCUAAAUGUUUAUAAAAGAGUACCAGAGGCUUACAGACAAGAUUUUCGAAAUUAUCGUAAAGAUAGUCAACAAACCUUUGUUGAAUUUAUUCGCCAAAAGCAACUUUUGUGUAAAAUAUGGGUCGAGAGUGAACUUGAUGCACUCGAGUACGAUAAAUUACUCGAGCUCUUUGGAUCUAAUGAGCCUUCAUUCCAGUCUAUCCAGCAUAAUGGUAAGAGGAUGGAGUAUAGUUCCAGGAGGACUGGACUGCCAGAUACCCACAGGACUGUUCAUACAAAGUCAGAAACAGGUGGUGAUGAGAGUAGGAAGGUUGUUUCUCGCGGCAAACCUAUUUUUCACGUCAGUGUUAAUGAUGUAACAAAGGUUGAAUCUAAAUAUUCUGGUGAUAAACCUAAUCCUGGCCUUUCCCCUUUUUCCAUGACUGAAUCUUUGAAUGUGACGCCUUCAUUUAGACCAUUUUGUUCAACAGGAUUUAUUUGUUCCGAUGAAUUGUGCAAGUCGUCUUCCCCAGUCACUAUUCUACGGGACUCGGCUGCAGAUAUAUCAUUGGUGCUCAAGGAGGCGGUUCCUAACCCUGACUGUUAUACUGGAGAAAUGUCUCGGGAUGCGAGACUAUUUAAUGUUCUAGAACGAUCUAGUGAUGUUAGGUGUGCAAUUGAAAUCCCUAAGAGACGUAAGAAAAAACGUCAUGUGCAUGUGAACCUCCCGAAAAAGUACUAUGAACGGGAUGAUUUAAAGGAAAAUACGGGAAACCAAACCCAUUUUCUUCUGCAGGAGUAUGACGAGCCAUUCAGUGAAGUAGCUCGUCUCUGUCCACUGCUGGAUCAUGCUGCCGAGACCAGGGAUGUUCAGCCAGUGCUUCAGUUUCCGUGUCCCCUUGAUGUGACGAAUGGGGCGUCUUUGCAAGCUGAGGUUCGGCGCCGGAGGGAGCAGGGGUUCAUCUGUCCUUGCUUGGGCCCCCUUGCCUCUGCUGCAGUCCUGGUUCUUGAGAGUAGUGGCCUUCAUCCACGUGUUGACUGCAGGAGGGCCAGAACAGAUGCGUGGGCAGUUCGUUUCACUCCGUGGGAUAGCGGGCAGCAGCGACUACGUCAGGAGGGCACGCGUUCGUGA